AACAAACCCAAACUUUUGAAGAGGUCAGUUAAGGACUUCAGCCAACAGAGGAGACUCCUGCAGAGGCUUUGAAUACUCCCCAUCUCUUGCCAGCUUGUUUGCUGAAGGUUAGCAUUCACCAAGCAUUACUGAUGGAGGAUGAAGGCUGCUUGAACACUGAUGGCUAACAGCAGCAUGGCAGGAAAGAGUGGAUCUUCAUGUAUUCUGUAAAUCUCCUGAUGCAAGGGAAAACAUGGAGACUUUGUGCAAUUGCAAGCUUCCAAUACAAAGUAUGCAAAGUAAUUUCAUGAUAACUUCCAUAUGAGAAAUCAUAAAGUGUCUGGAAUUUCCAUUGAAACGGAUAACAAAAACGUAAAAGCAGAGGAGUUUAAGGAGGCUAUUCUUAGUUGCAAGCACAAAUUUUCAAAAGAGGCAAGCGUGAGAAUAGAAUGGAAGAAACUCCAGUCUCGAGGAGUCUCAUUUGUCUACUACAAUGGUGAAUUUACAGGUGAUCUUCGAGGCCGAGCAGAGAUGCUGAAUACAGGAAUCCAUAUUAGGAAUGUGACUAGAAAGGAUUCUGGGACCUACCGCUGUGAAAUCAGUGCAAGGAGUGAUGAGAGGCAACACGUGGGAGAGGCUAUUAUUACUCUCACAGUAUUGGUUGCUCCAACUACUCCAGUAUGUGAGAUACCCAGCUCCGCAAUGACGGGAACAGUCGUGGAACUGAGCUGUAAGGAGACUGAGGGGUCUCCUCCCUCAGAGUACCAGUGGUACAAGAAUGGUGUUGCGUUACGGGAGAAGACAGGAACAGGCAGUGCUAGAGCAGCAAACCUAACUUACACCAUGAAUAAAAAGUCUGGCACGCUGCUAUUUAAUACAGUUACAAAAAAUGACACUGGAGAGUAUUUCUGUGAAGCCUUCAAUGGGAUUGGAUUAUCUCAGAGAUGCUCAGCGAAGCGAAUGCAAGUUGAUGACCUUAAUAUAAGUGCUAUCAUCGCUGCAGUAGUAUGUGUGGCUCUGGUAAUGUCAUUGUGUGGCCUUGGAGUAUUUUAUGCCCAAAAAAAGGGCUACUUUACAAAGGAAAGCUCUUCCCAAAAGAAGACAAACUAUCAAUCUACAAGUGAAAAGGAUUUCAAGCAUACAAAAUCCUUUGUUAUUUAGAAGAUUUCAGCCUCUGUGAGGGACAUCAAGACUACAUGUUAGAUGAAAGUAUCAAAUGGAUCUUUCAACUUCUGUAAAUAUUAUUUCUGUGUACUACAGGAUGAAAAUAGGAACUGCCAGUGUUUAAAUCUUGUUAACCUGUGAUUGCUUUUUAAAAAAAACAAAACCCCAAAUAAACUUAACUUAAAGACAGAACUUAAUUGAAUAUAGAAGACAAUUUGUGUGAAGUUAUUUUGUUCAUGUAUAAAUGGAGCAAUACAGGAUUCACUCUUACAGCUCAGAACUGUCUAUUAAAGUAACAUGAAUAGAUGACCUUGCUAUCACUACUUCUACUUGUAUCUCCACCACCGUCAAGGGCUCAAACUCUCCUGCAAUUCCAACUUCUUAGAACCUUGACAUUGUAUUACUCUGUAAAAACCAUCUGUAAGUGCCUAAGUAGUCAUGCAGACUUCAGCUCACUAUCCUGACAGCAUAAAGCUUCCUGUAAUUGAGGUUAGUAUUUUAUUGUCUGAUAUAAAAUGGCUACAGCUUCUUUUCCACAAGGACAUGUAUCUCACUGUAGACUGUACAUGUAAUUUCCUUCUGAAGAAAAUCUUGCCAGUACAACUCAAGCUGUGGUAUCUGAACCCUGACCGUUGAAGCGUCACAAAUAAAUAGCUCCUUCAAAUCUCA